UCCAACGCCUCUCCACGUCUUCUGUCUUGAGCUAGUACAACCACUUCCUCAGCCAUACCAGUUGCAAGAAUGGGCACCUUGACGGCAGAUUGUCCACGCCUUGAUGCUCAUUGCCCGCACAAACUCGCAACGUCAUGCCGGCUCACGUCGACACUGAAUUGCUGCGCCUGCGCGGAUGAGCGGGCUCAUUCGAUGACAUACAGAGUGUACAUUGAUGGCGUGGGUUUUGUGCAGCGGGGGACACGCUGGCAGGGCUACUGCUGGUUCUGCAAAGAGUUCUGGACCAACCGUCUCGCUGCCACCGACCCCCCGCUGAACAUCUCGCAAACUCGCGUUCCUGAGAUACCGGAUCAGACCGAGUUUCUUGAGCGGUGGUUCGAGUUCCAUCAAGGCUACCGUCUUGUCCAGCGUCCUGAUGGCACCGAGCAGCGGAUUUCCGUCAUGGGCGAGCCGCUCAAGGACGUGAGCCCUGGCUUUCUGCCACGCACAUUGGCGCAGAUGAGAGAGGGCAUGAGGAAUGACGCGAGGCGGUCCGAGAACAGGCUGACGAGGCGCCGGUUGUCGUCGGAAAACGAAGCAUCGCAGCCACAGCAGCCGCACCAGAGUAUAGAAGACGCUCUCGACAGCCUUCUUGACGAGGUAUCUGACGACGAGGCUCCAACUCCAGUCCCAGCUUCAGUUCCAGCUCCAGCCCCAGCUCCAGCCGGACCGCAAACCCCGGAAAUAUUGCCAUCACUGCAAAUAUUGCCAUCAAUAGACCCUCGGGCUAUCCUUCGUCGCAACGCAGAGCAAACUCGGCGCGCGGGAGAACGAUUUACACGCCUGUUUGGCACUCGAGAGGAAAUACAACAAGACGACUAUGAGUCGCCCCUCUCGACCAUGUACAACAGAGCCUGGGGACGGUUUAGACAAGCUGAGGAGCUGCGAGCAACUGGCGACAAUACCGCACCUUCACUGGAAGGGCGACCAGUCGAGGAGCGACGAGAGAUCGAAGAGCAACUCCUCUGGAGUGUCAUGCGAGAAUCACAGAACGCAUCCCUGGGUGUUGAGGGGGCAGAGGGUAAUGUAUGGAGCUACACUCCCACAGACGCCAACAGCAGCGCCGAGACCUCCUACCAAAGGACUCGCCUCCGGAUAAAUGAGCUCGCUGAAAGCUUGCGUUUCGCGCCUCCUGCCAUGCCAGCCCCCAACGUGACCACACCGGCUUCCUCAUCAAACCCAAUGUCGCAAGUCCGCUCCUCCCUCCAACAAAUCCAAUACGAACUCAAUCGUCUCCGCGCAGCUUCCGACAGGGACCUCUUCGUGUCAGAAGCUGGUGAAGCCCUUCGCUUACCCCGCCCCUUCGAACCAAUACCCGUCAGGACACUGGACAACCAGCCUGGUCGCCCGCCGCCAAUGACUGACGAGGCAAUGACAAAGGUCCUGGCUUGUCAAGUUUGCUACCAGCAGCUUGCAGAUAUUGCCGUGCUGCCGUGUGGACAUAUGGUGAUGUGCCAGUGGUGUGCUGAUGUGGUGAUCCCGGUCAAACAUAGCCAUGUGCCCAUCAGGCCGAGCAAGUGUCCGAUGUGUAGAAAGAUGGUUAAGCAGAGGUUCAAGAUCCACACUGGAUGAUACUAGAGAUAGAGACGUCAUGAAUUUAUGUCCAGAUCUGCACAAUCAAUCCGAGAUAAAUAAAACAUACAUGUGAACACAUUACAUACCGGUAUCCGUCAUAGCCUCCCCCCCGUAAUUAACUCACCUUUGGG